AGCUUUUAGAACAGGAGAAGUACUCCUUAAAAAGGAAGCUUGAUGCAUUAGAAGGAGAAUAUGACAGCCGAGUUGCCGAGCUCCAAGUGGACUUAACCGAGCUUCGAAAGGAGCUGCAGAAACAUCAGAAUCUACUCAAAUUCACGGAGAAAGAGAAGAAGCAGGUAGUUCAGGAGCUACAAGAUCAGAAUGAGCGACUAACCGAGGCCUUAAAACAGGCCAACAAGUCAGAAGGACAGUUGUCCAACCAAGUGAAGUGUCUGCGCCAACAGUUUAACCUUCGUAGGUCCAGUCUAACUGAUCACGUGGUUCAACUAGAAGAACUCAGAGAAGAGAUAGAUAUGUUAAUAGAAAAGAAAGCUGAUCUAGAACGUCGGACAAGAGAAGUUAUAGAAGAAAAGGAAGGACUGAGUGUUUCAUUAGAGGAGUCGAGCGAUCGGAUAUCGGUGCUAGAGAGACACAAGGAGGAACAGGAUCAAAUGAUCCGAAGCCAGAAGAGAGAUCUAGAAGAACUUAGACAGGCAAAUAGUGAGCUCCAGUUCAAGCUGGACAGUGUUCUUAGGCGGAAUAGUUCCCUUAGUUUUGGCCAAACGUCCAUCUUUACAGAAAUAGAAAUGUUUUCGAGUUCGUCAGUUGACGAAGAAUUAAGAUCCCUUAACGCAAAUCACAAUGGUAGAAACAGGCCAUUCUCGCAUUCAAGUUCCUCCAUGGGUUUUCAUGGAGAUCUUGACGAAAAUGAAUUGGAGUGUGACGACACUGAAAUAUCCCCGUUCACAGGUGUCUUACCGAACGAGUCAGAAGAAAACUGGAGGUUUCGACAAGAACUGGUUGACAUCUACAAUCAUCUUCGAAGACUCUGUGAAGACCUAAAGAGAAGGAAGGACAGUACCUUCAGCGGGGUCCCUUUUUCUCCAGAUGACAUUAAAGCUCACCAUAUUAGGGUGGGCAUGAUCUCAGAUAUUCUACAAGAAUUACGGCUUCUGAUGCAGGAACUUUUGAACAACCACACAGAUUCAUCUUGUAUGGCAUGCCAAACAGUUAAAUACGAUCAAGAUAUGGUCGAGAAGAUUCAAAAAGAUCUUGCGGAAAAAGCAGAAGAACUGAAGAGAAAAUCAGAGAAAAUAUCAGAAUUAACAACUAAAAUAACUGUACAGGAAGCUGAGCUAGCUGCUUUGAAAGAAGAAAGAGACCAUCUCCUAGAUGAUGUUGGGAACACCAAAAUGGCCAAAGAUGAAGUAGUGAAGAAGGCAUGGGAAGUUCGAGACAAAGCCGUAGCCAGGAAAAAUGCUGUAGAAAUAGAGCUGGCUAAGACUAGAAUAGACGUGAUGCACAUUAACAGCCAGUUAAUGGAAGCAAUCCAGCAGAAAGUCGAGCUGUCUCAACAGCUUGAUCAAUGGCAGGUUGACAUGCAGGCUUUACUGGAGGAACAAUUGAAAUCCAAGCUUCAUAAUCAAGAACAAGAGGAAAAGGAAAAACACUAUCAGUCAAAAGUUUCAGGACAACAAAAAAACAACAAGGGCAAACUGUUCUGGUUGUGGAGGUGACCCACCUUGUUUUUAUAAAGCAAAGGGUGUAAUGAUUUGGGCUUCCAGGUUAGCUGGAAUGUAAAUAUGUGUAUAUAUAUGUAUAUCUCUUUGUAUUGCUAUUUGUCAGUCCAUAGCCAGAAAAUGUCAAGCAGAAUAGUAUUAAUUUACAGAAUUGUAGAAACAUACCACAACAGCAAACUGACAUCAAAUCACUUCAUCUUUAGCUCUUUAUUUGGAGGUUGCUUAAAAUAACUGAAUUAUUCAAGAUUAGAUAGAGGCCUACACCAUAGUAUAUCUACUGUUUAAUAAGUCCAAAAUGUGAUGAAGCAUCUUGUUAAGGCCUGAACAAGUUCAAUGUUUCACCAAUGCAGAUGUUUUAUGCAACAUCAAAUUUUUUGUAUUGCAUAAAAAUAACACUUUUAGCUGCCAUACAUCCAGCCAGGCUUAUGAGUUCUGGUAUUGAAUAAAAGGCCUCUCAUGUAGUGGCAUGUGACUAAAAGAAAUUGAUCUGGAAUGUUAAUUUCAUGCAUACCUGAUUACCAACAGACACAGAAGCUUUUUCAUUCUCAUGUGGUUUUAUACAGUAGCAUCAAAUGGCUGAUGUCCAUUCACAAGUUUCUACAACUAAUUUAUUUUUAUAUUUACAUACUUAUUAGUACUUUUUUGAACUAAACAAGUACAACCUUUGACCUGUUAUAUCUAAAAUUGCAGACUUAAAGUGAGCAUUAAACAGUAUUUCUAUUUUGUGUUAAACAGCUGGUAUUAACUGUGAGAAAUAUGGCUGUUGUAAAAAAGAAACUCUGCGAUAAUUUUACUUAAUGUAUAAGAAUUGGUUCUUAUGUACAGUAGUGAUUCCAGGUUCAGCCUGAGAUUAUACUUAUUAUGUUAGUGUAACACUAACACUUUGUUAUUGGAAUA